AUACAGAGCAUCGUGGACGAGUUCGCGGAGCGCAAGGCUCGUCGUAUGCCCUUCAAAUAAUGCGCGCAGUAGGCUAUUGAUGUUUUAUUAUGAGCCAUGUACAGUAUGUCGCCUAAUGUUUUUUUGUUUCUGAGUUACAUGUUCGUUUGAAGGACUUAAUGUACAAAAUAACAUAGUUGCACCUCGUAGUGUUGAAAUUGGUAAACACAGUGCAUUCAGUGAGGUUUGCACCGCCCUCCUUUUAUUUCUGACUCUUCCUGUCACCACUCUGAGCGCUCAUUCGUAUGCCCUUCAAAUAAUGUGCGCAGUAUAGGCUAUUGAUGUUUUAUUAUGAGCCAUGUACAGUAUCCUAAUGUUUUUUGUUUCUGAGUUACAUGUUCGUUUGAAGGACUUGAUGUACUAAAUAACAUAGUUGCACCCCGUAGUGUUGAAAUUGGUAAACACAGUGCAUUCAGUGAGGUUUGCACCGCCCUCCUUUUAUUUCUGACUCUUCCUGUCACCACUCUGAGCGCUCAUUCGUAUGCCCUUCAAAUAAUGUGCGCAGUAUAGGCUAUUGAUGUUUUAUUAUGAGCCAUGUACAGUAUCCUAAUGUUUUUUGUUUCUGAGUUACAUGUUCGUUUGAAGGACUUGAUGUACUAAAUAACAUAGUUGCACCCGGUAGUGUUGAAAUUGGUAAUCACCGCAGUUGCGGACAUUUUGUAGCCUAAAAUGAUGUUAUGAUAAGCUUUAAUAAAGGGCCCGGUCAUUUGCCCCGCCCCCGGCCCGGCUCUGACUUGUUCCGCCACUGUCACUGAUGUCACUGUUUGCGCUGCUUAACGACAUCACGUGACGUCCACCCACUUUCACUAACUCCACCCAAUGUGUCCACCCACUUCCAGCCAGCACGGUUGUAGUCGAAAUGCAACUCCAACAGCCCCGCUCAGCUCGACUCAGCUCGACUCGGCACGGCACGGCUCAGCCGCGUUUGUAGUGGAAAAGCGGCAUAAGUCCCAGCAUUUUUCUGUCUACCUAGAAGACCCACAUCGGGGCCAUUUGGCCCGACCGCUUUUCCCUAAUACACUAAUCACUCAUUUUGUUAUGGUAAUGAGGCUGUUAGAAUGAGGAAUGAGAAUGAGGAAUAAAAACACAUUCUAUUCUAAAAUGUGAACAUGUGAAUGUCCCAUGUGACCAUAACGACUCAUGUGACUGCAACCAGACAAUUGUUUGAUGGAUAAAUACCUCAGUGCACAUGGACUAUCGCUUCAGUUCCCUCAAGAAUUUUGUGGUGAAAGAAGCUCCUCUCCAAGGAACGAAGAUGCAGAGAUUCAACAGGCAUUGGAAAUGAUCCUGGAUGGAGCAAACCCUUGCGACUCGGAUGGAGAAGACAUCAACCUUCAGGUGGAUUCAGACUCCGAGCUGUCUCAGUCGUCUUCAGGAAUUAUUGAGACAGCAUGUUUUGGACAGACUGUUGACCAGGGUCACACUUGUUCUUCAGCAAACAGACAUGGAUGAAGACUACCUGCGGUUUGUGUGUACACAGGAAAUGGUUUUCCUGGACAUCAUAUCCCAUCAUAUUCCAGUGUCCCAGGAAAUAACUGACUGUUUGAGGGCAUUGGUCAAUGCCCUGAUGCUAAGGGAACAUCAGCACCACCCUGUAGCACCAGUGCAAUUUGAAAGCCGAAGUACAGCUGGUCGACCUAAAAUCUCCAUUUGUCCUGAUCAUUUGAAGCACCUUCUAGACAUUGGGUUACCAUUGAAUACCAUAGCUGGAUUGAUGGGGUUGUGUCGUGCUACAUUGUACAGAAGGAUGUCUGAGUACAACAUUUCUGUCAGAGAACUGUACAGCACUUGCACAGAUGCUGAGCUGGAUGAGCAUGUUUCUGCCAUAAAGGAGACAAUGCCACAUGCAGGAUACAGGCUGGUCAAGGGGACUCUGGCGGCACAAGGGUACCGAAUCCAAUGGAGUUGUGUUAAGGCUGCUAUGCAUCGUGUGGACAGUCUAGGGACACUAUGCAGAAUGACCCAAAUGGGGUGUGUUGUAAGGAGAAGUUAUUCAGUUCCCUGCCCUAUGUACCUUGUGCAUAUGGACACAGAUCAUAAGCUCAUAAGAUACAAUAUCGUCAUCUUUGGCUGCAUAGAUGGCUUUUCCCGUAAGAUAAUGUACCUGAGAGCUGCAGACAAUAAUCGGUCUGAAACAAACCUAGCCUUCUUCCAAGAGGCAGUUCAGGAAUUCGGCUAUCCACUCAGAGUUCGAGCAGAUCAAGGGGGAGAGAAUGUUGGAGUGGCUCGCUUGAUGUUUACUGUGCGUGGACCAGACAGUGGCAGCUUCAUUGCUGGGAAGAGUGUCCAUAAUCAAAGCGUGAAUCGCGUGUGGGUGGAGCACAGAGGACGGCAGGACAGAGAUCAGAAUUGAGAGACUUUGGCGCGACGUCUGGAUGGGGGUGACCAAUGUGUUCUAUCACGUUUUACACGUGUUAGAGGAAGAUGGCCUUCUUGACUUAGGAAAUGCAACACAUUUCUUCUGCCUGCAUUAUGUUUUCCUGCCACGACUUCAAGAAAGCCUCAACUUGUUCUGUGAUGGCUGGGACAAUCACCCCCUCAGAACCGAACAAAACCUAAUGCCAAAUCAGUUGUUUGAAGUUGGUCAGAUGCAUCAUCCCAUUCCUAAUCCACAGGAAAUCAACAUUCCAGAAAUUGACUGGGAAGAGAGUGGCGAAAUCCCAGAACCACAUCUGCAUGUCAGUGUUCCAUUGGUGGAUUGCCCACUUACUGCAGAGCAAAUGGAGGCAUUAAUACGCCACAUUGACCCACUUCAACCUUCAGACUGCAACGGUGUUGACUUAUAUACAGACACAGUGGAGUAUGUGGAAAGUCUAAGAGCUUGAGUUUAUUUUUUGCGUUUUCUCAAAACAUUGUAACAGACACUGAAUAAAUGUCAUGAAUGUGAAUGGAAAAAGUCAAUCUCUGUGCUUUUUAUGCCAACUUUUUUUUCAGGCAAUUUGGGAUGAAAUGUGUGGUAAUAAUCGAAAUUUGCACACACAACGAAUUUUGCUACAGAGCCGAGCAUUUUGGGUACAGCAGUAGCCCCCCCCCCACACCUUUAAAUAGACUCCAAUGGUUCACUAAUACAAUAAUUCCUAAAACGGCAUUAAGUCUUUAAGUCUGCAAACUAUUAUGAACAUUUCAAUUACUAAAACAUACUAGAAUUCAAUAUUAAUUACAAAAACAGUCAGGCAAACAUUCAUGCAUUCCUUUUAAGCAAGUCAAAAUGCAGGAAACUAUACCAAGCCAAAGCCACUGUCGACAGACUCAACACAAACCAUCAGAUCAGAUUUAAGGCCAGAAUAGCUACAGUAAUGAUCUGGAAUCCGUAGACGCUCGUAGCAUGUGCUGGCAGUUGGUAGGUGGUUUCGCCCCCUGGACUUCACUAUCUCUGAGCGUGCUCAGUGGUACCUCCCAGCCAGUCCAGAACUUCACAAGCUUGGACAGAAUUCCAGAGGUUGCUAAGACAAAGAAAAGUUUAUUUAUCCCAUGUAUGAGGGUCAUUAACGCUUUUAGUAGCACAAGUCAGGUGGUGCAAUUACAGCUAAUGCCACUAUUACAUGGAUUAGAUUAUUAUUUUUGAUGGAUUGUAUUAAAUGUAUGCAUUCCAUGUAAAUGAAACAUUUUGUACAAUUAAUUGAUUUACUUCACACAAAAUGACAUUAACAGUUCAAAAACUAAAACACCAAACACUUUGGUGGUCAGGAGUGCUGCUUCACUAUUAAGCAGGUGCUCUUUGGAUCAAGGAGAACAGUCAUUUAGAAGCUUGGUCAAAUUUAACCCCAGUAGGUGCUGCAGUGUAAGUUCGGCUAACGCGUUGCGAACAAGUCUUCUUCAGAGCCAGGCCCACCACAAUAAAGCCUUUUUAAUCUAGCAGUGUGCCUUUGGAAAUCCUUGGCAAGACUUACGCCGCAGCCACUGGCGGCUCGUUAAUAGGGGCGAUUUGGGCGAUGCACUCCCAAACAGGGAAGGAGAUUUUUUUUUUUUUUAUCUACUCCUACUACCACGGCAACAGUAAUGUCAUUGUCCAAUCAGGCUAAGGUCGCACCUGGUGUAGGCACGCCCUUUUGGGGCGAUUUCUGUCAGGUUCAGAUUUGCCCCAAAAGCUCCCAUUGACACUAAUGGUACAUACGUUUUUUUCGAAAAUCAUGCUCCCAAUGCAUUUUCUAUUAGGUUUUAUGUACUCGCACAAGCAGCGUGCUUACGUCAUACGCCUGUUGCGCUGUGCAAGUGUUGCCAGAUUGGGGCUUUUAAGUGCAUUUUGGCGGGUUUUGAACAUAAUUUUGGGCUGGAAAACGCAACUUGCGCGGGAAAUGUGUGAACAUUCUAUGAAGAUGGCGGCGAGUGUUGAGUGCAACAAUACGAUAGCAUCUCUGAAAGAAGUUCCCUUUAGUCGUCGUGCCAAUGAGGAGAAAUCAGCAAUCAAACAGCUAGGACCUCCUAGACCGAAUUUAAACAUCAAGCAAGUGUCUACGAAGGGGGAGAAGACCUACUCAAGAGGUUUUAACAAGAACUGGUACCACCAGAAAACUUGGCGAGCUGGCUGUGAUGUAGUCAAUGCUCUUUUUUGCUACCCUUGCGUUCUCUUCCACCCUGGAAGUAGCACAGCAGACGGUACAGCGAUAUCUGAUAUUUGAAUUUACUAGGCAAAAGUUGUUUGUGUGUGUGUGUGUGUGUGUGUGUGUGUGUGUGUGUUACCAGUGGCAGUUUAACAUUUCCAUGUUUUUGUUUUACCAAUGGCAGUUUAACAUUGCCAUGCUUGGAAUAUUUCAGUAGCCUCAAGUUCUCUCUGACUUGGUGUAAAUUAAGCAUAUUUUCAGUUUUUAUAUAUUGUACAGUAUGUGUGUUCAUUGGAGCCAGCAGCACCUUACCUUUUUUCUAACUUGUUAAGCCAAGUUGCACUGACUACAAAACCUUGUGUAACCUUGUGUGUAUAUAGCUAAAUAACUAAAGCCUUUUGUGUUCAUUGACAUGCUUGUAAUACUUUAAAUUUCCUUUUAAGGCAUGGCUUUCUGGAGGAAUUCUUGGGGAAAAAAACUGCAGAAUUUAUUUAGAAUUAUUAUUUGUUGUUAAAAUGGGGCAAUUCCAUAUAAAAAAAAAAACACAUAAUUAAGCUGCACAUGUUUGU